AUGGACUUCCCGGCCGUUGUGUUCCCAUAUAUGAAGUCCUCAAAAGAGCUGGAUCCAGAACCACAAAUCUUCGUUGCUCCUCAAAAAGGAUCAGAUUAUGACCCAGUCUUACAAGAUGGCGCUCCUUGCUCAAUUCAGAUCAUUGCUCGAAGGUUUCAAGAUGAGAAGUGUCUUGCUGCAGCUCGUAUCAUUCAGGAGGUGCUUCGAGGUUGGUAG